CCCCAGGGUAACGACGACAUCUCCUCAGACUCUGAGCUGUCCGCCCCAGCCUGAGCUUCGCUCUCCUUCUAUCGACCACUGAGAUGAUGCCGGAUCUCGAAAAAUUUUCACCUUGUGUCAUCUGGCUCUCCCAAAGCGGUAAGCAGAGGCGCUGAAUGGCCUUGUCGCACCCACGCUCGAAUUGGCCGAGAGGCAAGGCUGCACCCUUUCGAUACCUUAGCCUCGAGGCACACCAGAUACGUCCGAUGGGGACUGCAAUCUCUUCCGCUUGCCGCAGAAUCCCUGAAACUCUCAUGCUAGGAAGCUUGUCCUUUUUGGCCAUGCCCACGCCGCUGACUGGUUGUACCAGCUUGCAAUGGGGUCUGUUCAAGCGAAGAGGUAUAAUACCCAGUUUGAUCUCGUCACUCGAACUAUACUGUCUACCCAUCCGUAGACCACAUUAGACUCGGCUUACGUCUCCAAGCUCUAAGACUGUUCCUUGCUCCAAAGCUGUUUUCUUGGGUGUUCAUUGUCUCUUCAUCCUGGCCAUCCUGAGGACCGCUCCCACCGUCUUCCAGCCACUGGCGACUCGAACCCCCACACUUCGCCCUCGCGUAUCCGCCCUCUCUUGCUUGAUCUGCUGCCAAUCCAGCGCCUGGACCAGGAUCCGAGUGCGAUGUAGUCGUGUUGUUGGCUCUUCGUUGCUUCAAGUGUUACUCUAUUCCUAGGGUCCAUUCCGAGCGUCGCACCGGAGUCAUAUCUUCACCCUGUCCCGAGAAAACCAUCCGUUGUUUUCUUGGAGUCUUCCUGGUUCUCCUCAGAAGCAAGAUCGCUUCGGCAGAGGAUACCUAUCGGUGGACUACUCUUGAGAAGACGUUGACGACGAAUCCCUCCCCAAUGUUUAACAUGGCCUUCAACCCAACCGCCGACCAGAUCGAGUGGCAUAUGCAUCAAUUGAGGCAGUGGAUGGUGCCUACGUCGGUGCCGGCGCCUUCCAAGCCUCCAACGACGGCACAACCGCGCACAUUCCCCCAGGAGUUCUACCUGCAGAAUGUGCCUUCGAAUGACAUGUACGACUAUGAUUCCUUCAGUACUCCAGGCUCCGCGCCGCCGACCUCCCUUCCUCGUGCUCAGACGUUCGCCAGCUUGUCCGAGUAUGAUUUCUCGCCCAUGGACUACUUCACUCCCGGUCAAGGUCCAGCGACGCCAGGGAGCUGGACAGGAGAAGAGCGGGGCAACUUCGAUGAUGGCCUCUCCAUCUACUCAGAGGCACCCUCAAGCUAUCUGUCCUCUGAUCUCUCGGAGCAGAACCGGCUUGAAUCCAUCAUCUCAUCGAGCCGCACGACUCCUCCCACCGUUCUCCCACCUUCGUCUGCUUCUGCCCCCGACCAGGCCUCCGAGGUCGACUCGCUCAUGAAGACCUUGCAACCUCCCCAGCUGCAUGUGCUGGCAAGCAAUCCCAGUGGCAAGCCCAAGAAGCACCUGUGCCCCUACCCUGACUGUUUCAAGUCCUUCUCUCAGCCAACACACCUCAAGAUCCACCUUCGUUCCCACACAGGAGAGAAGCCUUAUACAUGCUCUGUCCCGUCGUGCAAACAAACGUUCUCGCAGCUGGGCAAUCUUCGAACUCACGAACGACGGCACGUUGGCCAACGACCGAACCGUAAGAGAUCCUCAUCCGACCCAGGUGCCCGAGCUCGGAAGUACGAAUGUAAACUCGAUGGCUGCAGAGGUUUGGACGGCAAUCAUGGAGGCAAGGUCUUCACACAACUGGGAAACCUCAAAGCACACAUGAACAAGUUCCACAAGGAGACUUUGGCAAAACUAUCCGAGCAGUUUGCACACAACGAGGUGGACCCUGCACAGGCUGAGCUGCGUGCCUAUUUCCAGGACCUCUACAAGCAUAGCAACAAGGGUAUCAAAGGGAGGGGCAAAGGCCGGAAAGUCGAGGUGAUUGUUAAGCCCGAGCAACCUUGAAGAUGUCGGAAAGACAAGGAUGAAUACCAACAAGUCAACCCCGGCGCGAAUAUCAACUGGAUGCUCACCAGCUUGAAUCGGCGGUCGAAGUACAGUCCGCAAUCAAUCACAAACAUCGAACUGCUGGACAGGUCACGAAUUGAUCUGAACGGAGGAUUCCCCAGCCAGUCACUACCGACGAGGGAGCCAAACCCUAUCAUUCAAUGAGCCUGAUGGGGAUUGCAGCCCGAGCGAAACACCAAGGCGAAGGUCGAGCGAGGACGAUUUCGUUCGAUAUCGAUGGAUUCAUUAUCCAUCCACUACACAACCAGUCAUUUCCGCGUGUUACUUCAGCUUUUCAAACCAAGGGGGAUCUUUUUUUCGGAGGAUGCAACGCAAGGAAAAUUGUAAGAGUACCAGGGCGUGCCGGAGGAGGAAAGGAGAGCUGGGAAACGAUCAAGAUUCGGUUCACGCAGAAAGGGUGACGGUAGGAUGUAUGCUCAUUUGUAUCGCCUGCUGCCUGUCCUGAUUUGGAGCCUUUAUUUUGUGCUUUUGCUUUUACCAAGUCCAUAGCAUGCCAAACCCGCGCUUAAAAUCGCCUUGUUAAGGAGGGGCCUGUCAUUACCGAGAUACACCGUCCACCAGAUAUGAUUACGACUCAAAUGAACGAUGAAAUGACCAAAGGAAAACGAAGCUCAAUAGGAUGGAAAAGCCGAUACCAAGAACUCUAUGAAUUAUCCCUCUUUUGCUGCUGUCCUCACGGCCCAAUUCCUGCUGUGCAGAGUUUCCUACCUUGGUGCGAGGUUCAGAGACUUUUCUUUUGGCCUUUGGAG